AUGGCCCAAGGUGAAAUCAAAAAGUUGAAGCCGGCCACCUCAAAAAAAUCCAAUGCACUUGGUCCCAAAAAGGGUACUCGAGUAAUCGCACCCAAGAAAGCAAAUUUGAUCAGGCAGAAGAAGAUGACCAAGAAACUUUCUGCUGGUCUAACCGCAAAGACAGAACGGACGCUGGCGGAGCGAGCGGGACACUUGGAGUUACUUGCUAGCGGCAAAAAAAACAAAGAUGGGAAAGAUGGGAAAGGAAAGAAAUGA